AGUCAGCCCGCCCGCACGCCCGCCCGCCCGCCAGCCGUCAAGCCAUCGGCCACCAGCCAGCCAGCGACGUCAGCAUGAAGCUCGUGACAAUCCUCUUGCUCUUGUGCGUCCACACGGCAGAUCUGACGCCACCUGAAUGCAAAGGCGCGAAGGAUCAGGUGGUGUUCUGCGCAACUGGCAACAGCCUCAAAAUACCCAGCCCCGCUGCUGGCUACACGUGGCAAUUUGGAACACCCGACGGAGUGCUCCCAAGUGAACUGACCCCAGACGACACAACAAAGGACUUGAAGGGCAGCCUGGAAGCAAAGCACACUGGCGUGUACUUGGCCGUCAAAACUACUGAACUUACGGACAAGUUCACCAUCAUUGUGGAUGCGGUCGAGUGCACCAAAGACGUGCAGUGCCAGGUCGGGACGGGUAGCUCCAUCAAAUUGAACUCCAACAUUGACGGAGCCAAAUGGGAGUUUGAGAGCUUGGCGCUCCCUACCUCUGGUGAACCGCCCAAGUUCACCGACCAGAAGAAAGCGUUGGGCCUCUUCGACGUGAAAGCAGCUCAGAGCGGGACGUACAAGGCCGAGCCGACCGGAGGAGGGACCGCUGUUGAGUUUCCAGUCGUCGUCAGCGACAAAACUCGCGUCUCCACUGCCACAGUCAAGAAGGGAGUGGGCUGCGUUGCGACCUUAGAGUGCGAGGUCACCGGGGAUGCCCAAAAGAUCAAAUGGACCAAGGACGGAACUGACCUGACUCUUGAAGGGAAAACGUUGACCGUCGACACGGGGGAUGCUGGCACCGGUACCUACGCCUGCAAGGUCCUGGGCUACCACGGUGGUGCUCCGGUGACUAGCGCCACCUUUCGCUACACCUACGCAGGUGAGUAAGGAAAGCACCAUCCCAGAAAAAUUGCAAAGCGCGACUUUCCUGUUUUCGACAGCUCCCAAAGCCGUCUCCACGGUCACGAUCAAACGGAGCGGCAAUGUCCUCACGUGUGUCGCCGACGGUGCCGUCAAAAGCUUUGAGUGGCUGACGUUCGGAAACAUGCCUGUCUCAGCAAGCGACGGCGCAGUGGGCAGUGACCCGUCCCAGUUCACUUUGGAUGCCAAGGCCAAAGGCCAGUUCAUUUGCAAGGUCAUCGCCUGCGAUGACAAAAUCAACUCCCAGUCCUUCGACGUCAGCGGAGCCAAGGGCCCCAUCGGUAGCCCCGGCACGGACCAGGACAACGCUCCGAAACCAACCGCAGCCACCCAGGGCGCGUCCUGCUCUGUCGCUCUGUUGGUGAUAAGCGUCCUCAUUGAGCUCUACGUGGUGAUGAUGAUGUAGACCGAGGCCGGCCGGCCGGCCGGCUGGCGGACGAGAGAUCCUGGAGGCGAGCGGCCAUUUUUCUUUUUUCAUUCAUUCAGCAAUAAAAAUAAUUCAUUCAUCAGCAAUAAGAAGA